UAAAUACGGGUGCGAAGGACCUCCCGUGCACGCUAUGUGCGGUAGCUCAGAGCGAGGCCGCCAGAUCGAGCGCCAUGGCUGAGCUUGAGCUAGUUCCUCUCUCCCUGCUCUUCCUUCCUCUCGUUAUCAUCGUCCCCUUGCUCUACUUCAUCCGCCCUUCGCGUCGGUAUGAGGCAGGCAUCCGACCGCCACCGUCCCCGUGGGCUCUACCCGUCAUCGGCCACCUGCACCACGUCGCCCGCGCGCUCCCGCACCGCGCGAUGCGGGACCUGUCGCGCCGCUACGGUCCACUCAUGCUGCUCCGUCUCUGCGAGAUCCGUGUCGUCGUCGCCUGCUCGGCGGACGCUGCACGGGAGAUCAUGAAGACCCAGGACCUCGCGUUCGCGUCGCGGCCCAUGAACCCGAUGGGGAAGUUCCUCCUCGGCGACAGCCCGGGCCUUGUAAUGGCGCCCUAUGGCAAGGCCUGGCGGCAGCUCCGCAGGAUCUGCACCCUCGAGCUCUUCACCUCUCGCCGCGUCAGGUCCUUCAGGCCCGUGCGCGAGGAGGAGGUCGGACGGCUGCUCCGCUCGCUGUCGUCGCAGUCGGCGUCCCAGGUGAACCUGAGCGAGCUGAUCGGCGCCUAUGUCGCGGACUCAGCGGUGCGCGCCGUCAUCGGUAGCCGAUUCAAGGGCCGCGACGAGUUCCUGCGGAUGCUCGAUCGGAGGAUGAAGAUCACGCCGACGCAGAGCCUACCAGACCUCUUCCCUUCAUCGCGGCUGGCGUUGCUCAUCAGCCGGAUGCCACGCCAGAUGAAGCGGGAGCGGCGGGAGAUGAUGGAGCUCAUUGGCACCAUCAUCCAGGAGCAUCAAGAAAACAGCAUGGCCGCUGCCGUCGACGACGAUGAGGACUUUCUCCACGUCCUCCUGAGGAUCCAGAGAGAGGGGAAGCUCGAUCCUCCGCUCACGGACGAAGAUAUCAAGACCGUGAUCGUCGACAUCUUCAUGGCGAGCAGCGAGACAUCGUCCACGGUGAUGCACUGGGCCAUGGCCGAGCUCAUGAGGAACCUGAGGGUGAUGCGCAGGGCGCAGGAUGAGCUCCGGCGAGUCCUCGACGGGAAGAACCAAGUCGUGGAGGAGAGCUUGGGCGGUCUGCGGUACCUGGACCUCGUCAUCAAGGAGGCGCUCCGCCUACACCCCCCGGGGCCGUUGCUUCUUCCCCGGGAAUGCCGGCGCCCGUGCCAGGUCCUCGGCUUCGACGUGCCAGCGGGCGCGAUGGUGCUCGUCAACGCAUGGGCCAUCGGCAGGGACCCGGCGUACUGGGAGCGGCCCGAGGAGUUCUUGCCGGAGAGGUUCGUGGGUGGUACCGUUGACUUCAAGGGGAUGGACUUCGAGUUCAUACCAUUUGGGGCCGGACGGCGGAUGUGCCCGGGAAUGGCGUUCGGACUGGCCAACAUGGAGCUCGUGCUCGCCAGCCUUCUCUACCACUUCGACUGGGAGCUGCCGCACGGGAUGGAGCCCGGGGAGCUGGACAUGACCGAGCUGUUUGGGAUCAGCACUCGGCGGCGCUCCGACCUCUUGCUUGUCCCGACCGUUCGAGUGCCAUUGCUCGCGAAAAUUUGAAUUUUCUUGAUGAAGAUUCACCUCAGAGUAGAGCGAAUGCUCCGGCAUCGUCGGAUUGGAGAUGAUGACACGACGGAGGAAGAAAAAGAGGUGAAGUCCAAUCGGCAGAGAUGAACGCGGCGGAGGUGAAUUGAUAUUGUAGUUUAAGAAUGGUUUGGCUUCGCAUAAUCUCCAGUAUACAACUUUUCUGUUGCUAUAGUUUUCGUGUGAAUAACGUUGGGAUAUUAGUUUUUCAUACAACAAGGGCAGCACACAAAAUCUGAAGUGGCGCUUAUGUGGCACAGAGCUCGAGUGAAGAAGCAAGCUAAUGAACAUAAGAAUGUACACGAAAUUGCUGGCUUGGCUA